CUUUCUAUAAUUAAUAACUUAGGCGCCCUCUAUAUAGACCAGGACAAGCUAGGUAAAGUAGAAAAAAUAUAUAAGCAAGCGCUGGAGAAGGCACUUAGGGUAGAGUAUAUAUUAAUACUUAAUAUAGUUAAUAACUUAGGCAACCUCUAUAAAAACUAA